CUACCGAGGGUGAUGACGUUUUUAAAGCUGCGCGUUGAAGGAAGACAGUUCUCCGGCCUGCAGUUAUACACUCUUGAAACAUAUCAUCUUCUUAAUGACUACCGAGGUUCUGGUGUUGUAUUUUGCUAAAAGUGCUGAACUAGCAGAAGUUCGAUCAGAGAACAUCACUGUCCCUCAUCAAGUAACGUCCUUGCAGCUCUGGGAAGAGCUGGUCAGAAAACAUCCCAGACUUGCUGCCAUACGGGACCAGGUGGUCCUGGCGGUCCAUCAGGAAUACGUCUCUCUUGGUGAUGAGCUUCUGAUUCUCCAUCCAGGUGACGAGGUUGCUGUUAUCCCCCCUCUCAGCGGGGGCUAG